UCAGACACUGCUGGUCACUUUCUGCCCUGCUUCUCUAGCAUUGGCAAAGUUUCAGUCUUCGGGAUGGAGAACAACCAGUCGGAUGUCUUCAGUGAGCUGUGAGAAGAAGAAGAAGAGAACGAGAGUCGUGAUGAACAGAGACGGAGACAAGUGCGCAAAGACUGCGCUCCGGAGCCAGAAACAACCCAGGUCGCAGCAGCAGGUUUCUACCCAGAAGAAGAAGAAAGAUCUGGCUUCUAUAAAUGCCCAAAGUGGCUCUCAGUCAGGUCAGUGCGACUCUGAGAAGGAGGUCAAAUCGGCGGGACUGCAGGGGAAACGACCGGUAAAAGUGUCAUCGAGCGCCACGGUGGAGUGCCCCGGCGCGCAGAGGAAACUGUCCGAUGCCAGCAACACUUCAGAGGACCUGAGCAAAGACUCCGGCUGCCUGUCUGGGAAACUCUCCUCCUCAGACAGCAGCUCAGAAAUAUCCGACUGCCCCUCGGAGGGCAACAACAAUAAGCACAACUUCGCGAGCAGCGACAAUUAUUUAAGCUGGAUUGACGGGGAAGCUUUUUUGAGCCCGGACAGCGAGAGGAAAGGCGAAGGAAAACCGUGCGUAAAGGUGCCGAGGGAUACCUGCGCUCUCCAGCCUAAUGCUGCUGGACAGGGUCUCAGUUUGUUUAAUUCUUCGGGGUCGUUUAUGGAUCUCAUGAUGGGAGAGACAACCGAAGAUCUUGUCAGGGAGGUGGAAGAUUUGAGGUCAGAGAACGAGUAUUUGAAAGAUGAGGUGGAGGAGCUUCGCUGUGAGAUGCUGGAAAUGCGCGACAUGUUCCAGGAGGAGGAGGUGUUCCAGCUGCAGGAGCUGCGGCUGCAGCUGGAGCAGGCCAACAAGACCUGUCGCAUCCUGCAGUACCGCCUCCGCAAGGCCGAGCGCCGCAGCAUCCGAGUGGCUCAGACGGGGCAGGUGGACGGGGAGCUGGUCCGGGGCUUGGAGCACGAUAUUAUGAUUGCAAAGAGUGUGUCCCUCCGGCUGUACAACGAGCUGGAGGGGGUGCAGAAGAAGAAUUCCCAGUUGGAGUGGGAAAAUGAGGCACUGCGUGAGAAGACCCAGGAACUGGAAGUGGCCAAGCAGGUGUUACAGGCUGAGGUGGAGAAAGUCAGAGAGAGCACUCUGAAGAAGAAAAGCCUCCGAUCAACAGCCAGUAGAGCUGAGAAAAGGCUCUCUCAACAGAUCGAGGAUGACAGUGCAGAUCUCAGGUGCCAACUCCACUUUGCCAAAGAGGAAUUAGCUCUCAUGUGCAAGAAGCUCACCAAGUUGGUAUCAGAGAGCGAAGGCAUGCGCGAAGAGCUGGCCAAAUACCACUCGGCCUACGGCGAUAUCCAAUCGCCUGAGAGCAAACAAAACUCCGCCCACGCAAGGGAGGCAGGGGUCAAAGUUCACCUGAAACUGGUGGAAGAGGAGGCCACACUCCUGAGCCGGCGCAUCGUUGAACUGGAGGUGGAGAACCGUGGAUUGCGAGCAGAAAUGAGCGACCUGAAAGAGAAAACGGGAAGAGGAGGAGGGGGAGGAGGAGGAGGAGGAGGAGGAGGAAGAGAACCGGGAUGUGUUGGAGGAAAAUCUGUCAGCUGGCACACCGGUGAAGGACAGAGAGGGAAGUUUGGAAAUAGCAUGCACAACGUACAAGCAGGGUCAGGACGAGGCAGCAAUGGAGGUAAAAGUGAUGUUGAGACUUCAUCACAGACUGACGGCACGAUUACUGCUUGUCAUAGUAGUCGAGAGGGUCCUGUGGGUGGUGAGUGGGACCCUUUAGACGGUCAUGAGAGUGAUAACAACAAAAAAACGGACAGAGGUCUCAAAGGAAUGACGGUGAAAGACUAUGAAACUCUUCUAGCUCUCAGAGAUCAUUCCUGCAUUUUAAGUUCCGCUAUCCAGCUUCUGACGUCGCCACCAAACACUGGCCACCACUCAUCUACCUCAUGUGAUUUUACCUCUCUGACAGAAGUGGACUUAGAUGGCAAGGCACAUCAAAUAUUCUCACCAGGGCCUUUGAAUGAGGCUUUGGAGCUUCUACAGGCCAUGCUGUUGGCUUUAAUUGGGAGGGUGGAGACGUUCCUAACAGGAGAAGAUCUAGGCAAACUCUCCGUUCACAAGGACGGACAUGUUGGGGAUUUCUGCACUUUCUCCUUUCUCUCUGGAGACGGUAAAUAUCUUAAUCUCAAAGAGUCACCAAGUAAGCAGGAGAGUGUAGAAGACCUCCACACAUCAGAGGUUAAGGAGAGAGCACAAGUGAGCCACGCAACUUGCUUCCAAUCGGACCUCAUCCGCAGCUGCAGGGACCCAAAAAUGCAACUGUCCUUGCAGAUUCUGAGGAUCCUCCAUCAGUGGUGUCACGUUAAAGGACGCGGGGUGGAGGCAAAAGAGGGUAAAGACAAAACCAUGCGUAUGCUGCAGGAGUUGUUGCAAGAUCUCAGUGCAGAGCUUCGGGAUGAGCGGAUUGAAUUCAACAGUGAGGCAGCUGAGUGUGCUGUCAGUGGUCUCUUUCAUAACGAAGUUGACAGAAAGUGCAGCUCAAAAGUGAAAGGACUUUGGCGACAGUUUUCUCCUCACGGCUGUAAGAGGAAGAACUGGUGCUAUCUGAGCCAAGAGGCUGCCCAGCUGGACCAAGAGGACCCCGUUAAGACGUGGGACCAUCUAAUCAUGCCGCUUAGCUUCCCUGAUCUGGACUUUGAGCAGAUGUCCAUGGAGAGAAGCCACACUUCCCCGGAGAAGUCGGCCUUCCGCAUCUACUACAGCCCCCCAUCAGCUCGCAGAGUCCAGCUGGCUCAGCUGAAGCAAAGCCCUGUCGCAGACAGAGAGUCUGUCAACUCUGGCUCGCCCUGGUGCACACCGCCGACCUCCCUCUCUCCGCUCUGUCUGGGCUCAGCUGCGAACCUCAGUGACGACAUGAAGGAAAUGACGGCCAGCUGGCGGCAGACGGUUCACGGCAGUUCACAGGAGAGGAGAGGGAGAUUACAGCAGCGCUGGGUGGACGUGGCCUGUUCAGGGACUCAGACCCACACGAAGCCACAGAUGGUGAGUGUUGGUCUGCAGACAGAUGGCUCAGUCACUGUGAGAAGCAGUCCAUCCCGGGUCCUGAGCACCUCCCUGGUCUCCCCCCGCUCUCACCACAUCUCCACCUCACUGGACGCGGUGUCAGGCAGAGUUGAGAGGUCCAGACCCUCCACCUCCUCGCCUAAACUCUACCGGAGACACUCUGCAUCCGGAGCGUUCUCUCCCCCCUCAUCCACCAAUUUGAGCUCCUCCUCAUCAACAUCCACCUCGAGAGAUCGAGCUCUGUGGAACCUGAACCACCAGAGCCACAGCGGCCUCACAUGGACCCGACAAACCAGUCACAGAGCCGGUGCAGGACAGAACCACAGCUCUGUGAGCAGCGCCAAGCCACCAAGCAAACCUGCAGGCACCCACCGUUACGGCAUGGUCACAGAGUUCCUGCGCAGGGUGAGCGGCCGGGCAGAGAAACCGGUACCGGGGUCAGGGCAGAAGACUAAGAACAGUAUGAAGAACCUGGAACGCGUUCCAACGAGGCCUGCUGCCGCCCCGCUGCACAGGAGCGACAGCGUGACGAGGAUCGUCAACCAGAGGUUCAUGAAGCAGAGAGAGGAGGCCGGUCGGGCCCAGAGAGAGGAGAAGGCCAGCAGUCUGAACCACGGUGUCCGACACAGCCCGAGUACCGUCACAGCAGAGGAUGGAAACUACGACUGCAGCUCCAGCAGCACUUUGACCUUCUGCUUCGCUCGUCCAUCUCGCUCCGCCCAGAGACAAACGUCACACCAGAGCAAACUCCACCGGCACAGAUACUCGCCUCCAGCGAGCGCGGCUGCAGAAUCCAACUGCGAGUGACCGGGCGGAGAACAUACUGAUGCUUCUGGACAGCUGAGAGCGCACAGAGACGGGGAAGGGAAUUUAAAACUGUAAUCUUCAAAUGUAAGCCUGCUUUACUGCAGGAUGGUUGAACUGGGACAACUGGUACACUGUAUGUGGUAUACGUUUUGACUUCUUAGCUUAGUCCUUAUGUUUUCUUUUGGUACAUUUUAUAACACUCAUCUCCUUUUACAGAUGGGCUAACUGUGGAUUUCAAUUACAAAAAGCUACAAUGUCAUAUUUACAAAUUUUAAACUUGAUUUUACACUUAUAUUGUAAACUGCAAAUUAACUUUAUAUUAUCUUUGUAGAAUUUUGUAGCGAACAAACUGUUUUAUUAAUAUUUAUUAAUUCCUUUACUUGCCAAGUACAUUUACACAUACGAGGAAUGUCUCCUCUUCAUUUAAAUGCAUUUAUUGAAUAAACAGAUCUGAAUAACAGGAUGUCGUGAUCUUAUUUAUAUAGCUUCACAAUCACACCUCUCCCUGAAAUCUGAUUCUUUUUAAGCUGCAGAAAUGCCGUAGUAAUCAGCUGUUACGUCACAUGCUCAAAAAAGAAAAAGUAACUGCUAAGAAGUUAAUAAGAUAAGAUUUCCUCGCCUGUCAGGAGUGUGAUCCUCCUCCUCUCCCCCUCUCUCUCUCUCUUUCUCUGUUUGUGUGACUUCACUUUCACUUGUUCCAUGUGUCUUGUCUUUGGCAUUGCCUGUCUUGCUGUUUUAUUAUGUUUUUUAUCUAAUGUAAGGUGACCUUGGGUGUUUUGAAUGGCGCCUCCAAAUAAAAUGUAUUAUUAUUAUUAUUAUUAUUAUUAUUCACUGUCACUGAAUAACUGCAGCCAGCUCAUCAAGUUACAAGUUUAGAUCUUUGUUUUGUAACUUUGUGAUUGCCUAAAUGUAUUGAUAUAUUAUUAGUACCAUUAUUAAAUGUUGAUAUGUAGUGUGCGACGGAAGCUCAGAUUUUUUUUGGAGCCGAUCAGCUGAAAUACUUUGUCUCCUCUCGGUGGCGUCUGGCAGCUGGCCGGCUGUUGUCAAGGACCGAGUCACACAAUCACACGGUGUCACAUUUCUUCUCAACACACAUUUUCACCCUCUUCUAUUUUACACACACACACACACACACACACACACACACACACACACACACACACACACACACACACACACACACACACACACCAUAACCCAGUUUUAAUGAAAACGAGAAUGUAAUUAGGGGUGUAAGAAAAAAUCGAUACACUUGAGUAUCGCGAUACUUUAUUU